AUGUCACCCCCCGCCAUCAUCGCCCCUUCCAUCCUCAGCGCCGAUUUCUCCAACCUCGGCCAUGACUGCUCCCGAAAGAUGGAGCAGGGCGCCGACUGGCUCCACGUCGACAUCAUGGACGGUCACUUCGUUCCCAACAUGACCAUCGGAUGCCCCGUCGUCUCUCAGAUCCGCGGUUGCGUCGACCGGCCACUGGAGCCCUGCGCUCGCGGCACCUUUGACUGCCACAUGAUGAUCAUGGAGCCUCACAAAUGGGUCCACGAGUUCAAGAAGGCCGGCUGCGAUCUCUACUGCUUUCACUAUGAAGCCGCCGUCUCCUCAGUCGCCGCCACCGAUCCUACCGACAAGACCACAACCGCCCGCACUAGCCCGCGCGAAUUGAUCAAGUAUAUCCACGAGGAGGGCAUGCAGGCCGGUAUCGCCAUCAAGCCGGACACUCCGGUUGACGUGCUCUGGGACAUUCUCGACAGCCCCGACCUGAGCGAGCGCCCCGAGAUGGUCCUUGUCAUGACCGUCCACCCCGGCUUCGGCGGACAGAAAUUCAUGGCCUCGGAGCUGCCCAAGGUGCAGGCACUGCGGGAACGGUAUCCAGACCUGAACAUCGAGGUCGACGGUGGACUUGGCCUGGGAACAAUCGACCAAGCCGCCGACGCCGGCGCCAACGUGAUCGUGGCGGGCUCCGCGAUCUUCGGUGCCGCCGACCCGGCCGAUGUCAUUGCGAAGCUGCGCGAUGCGGUGCAGAAGCGCCGUGCGCUCGAGAAAUAG